AUGGAGAUCAAUAGGCUACCACAGGAGGAAGACCAUUCAGAAUGUUUGGCCCAGAAAUCCCUGGAUAAUACCACAUUGGUAACAAAUAACAUGUCAGACAAAAAUAAAAAUGAGGAUGUGUACAUAUAUAGUGAAAAAAGUGCAGAAAACUUUGAACAAAAUAACUUCCUACACAAACAAGGAUUUAAAUUUUUUCAUCUGAACAUCCACUACUUAUAUCCAAAAUUUGAUGAAUUAAAAAUUCUACUUCAUAAUCAUACAUAUUUCGAUAUCAUUGGACUAUGUGAAACAUUUUUGAACGACAGCUUCUGUGACAGUGAAUUUCAAAUAAGUGGAUACCAGAUGUUUCGUAAAGACAGAAAAACAAAUGGUGGUGGGAUUAUUGUCUUUGUGAAUCAAAACUUUAAAUGUGUACGUAGGUUUGAUUUAGAAUCUGAUAAAACUGAGGCGAUCUGGCUUGAAGUACAGAAAAACAAACAAAAGCCAUUCGUAUUUGGUUACAUCUAUAGACCUCCAUCUUCAAAUGUGGAAUGGAACUGUGAAUUAGAAUACACUAUUGAGAAAAUAUUUAAUGAAAACAAAGAAAUUAUUUUGACUGGAGAUUUUAACUAUAACUAUGAUCCUAUUACUAAAGCUACUAACAACAAUUCUUGGGAUAAUAUUACUAACAGUUUCAAUUUAAAACAACUUGUUGACAUGCCCACUAGAGUAACCUGCACAACUAAAACAAUAAUAGAUCAUCUAUAUACAAAUUUUUCUCAAAAUAUCUCUGAAAUUAAUGUUCCAGCCAUAUCAAUUAGUGACCAUUUUCCAGUGUGUUUCACAAGAAAGGUCUCCAGUACAGUUCCUAAAGGCCCUUUACAUCAUAUGAUUCAGUAUCGUAACAUGAAGCAUUUUGAUGAAUCAGUUUUUCUAGAAUCACUAGAACAACAGCCAUGGUCAAUUUUAGACAUAUAUGAGGACCCAAAUGAUGCUUUAGAUACCUUUAAUUCAUUGUUCAAUGAUGUAUUAAACAGACAUGCUCCAUUCAAACAAAAACGUGUAAAACAUGUACAUUUACCAGACUGGUACAAUCCAGAGAUUUUGCAAGCUACCAAAGAAAGAGACAAGGCAAAAAAGCUCAAUGACAGGGCACAAUAUAAAUUUUGGCGAAACAAAGUUAAAAGCCUCAUAUACAAUUCUAAAAAAAGAUACUAUUCUGAAACUAUAAAUGACAAUAAAAAACAUGCCAAAGAAUUGUGGAAAAAUCUGAAACAAUUAUCAGGUAAAGUCACCAAUCACCAAACCAACUACAUUCAGGAUGAGGAGGGGACUCAGAUCUCAGAUCCAAUUAAAACAGCAGAAGUAUUUAACAAUUAUUUCAUUGACAUUUUCAAAUCAGCCCCUCAAAAUUGUUCCUCCUUAUCAGAAAGUGAUAAAAUAAAAUUACAGGAGUUUAUUGCAAUCCAUACUAAACUAGAUUCUCCAUUUUCAAUACCAAAAGUCACAAGCACAUUCAUAGAAAAAGAGCUGCAAAAACUUGAUCUGAGUAAAUCAACUGGACUUGAUGGCAUAGGCCCAAAAUUUCUUAAAAUAAGUGCUCAGAUCAUAUCUAAACCUCUAGAAAAGAUAUUUAAUCUAAGUAUAUCAAAGGGUAUAUUUCCAGCAAUAUUUAAGAGGGCAAAGGUUACACCUAUGUAUAAAAAAGGGUCUAAAUGUGACAAAACAAACUAUAGACCAAUAUCAAUCUUACCAAUUCUAUCAAAAGUGUUAGAAAGACAUGUCAGUAACACUUUCAAAUCAUUUCUGGAAAAUAAUUCUCUUCUUCACCCAAAUCAGUCAGGGUUUCGAACAAGCUACUCGUGCGAAACUGCUCUAACUACUAUUAUUGACAACUGGAUAAAAGCAAUAAAUGAAGAAAAUCUUGUUGGAACUAUUUUUUUAGAUCUUACUAAAGCAUUUGAUCUUAUCAAUCACAAGUUACUCAUUGAAAAACUGAAAUUAUAUAAUGUUGAUGAAAAUGCAAUUACUUGGUUCUGGUCAUAUCUCACAAAUCGCUCACAGCAAGUUCAUGUGUCUGGAAAAUAUUCCAGUGCUCAAGAUAUACUGUCUGAAAAAGGUUAUGAAGAGGAAUUUACACAGAUAUUGCCAAACAGUUACCUAUACUACAAGGACCAUAUGAAAACAACUGUUUAUGCAGUCUAA